CAAGCUUACAAUGGCUGUCCACUUGUGUCUGUCUGUUACUGAAAUUUAUAAUUGUUUUUGAUCAGCAACUUGUGUUCUUUCGGCUGUGAGCUAGUUUAAAGAACACACGGCUUUUUUUUAAGGUCAAAUUAGGUCGACAUUUACCAUAUAAAGACUCAUUACACACUGGUGGGUUUCUCAUAGAUUAGAGAAAAAAAGCUUCAAGCUUUCAUGGAACAUGUCAGAGUUAUCUUCUUCUUUGCUUGUUUCCUAACGCUUGCUCCAUUUCAUGCCUUUGCUCAGGUAGAUUCCUAUGAGUUUGAUCCAGAUUUCAACUGUGUUGAUCGUGGCAACUUCACGGCGAACAGCACUUUUGCCGGGAAUCUCAACCGCCUUGUCUCCUCCCUCUCCUCACUCAAAUCCCAAGCUUAUGGCUUCUACAACCUCUCUUCUGGAGACUCAUCUGGAGAAAGAGCUUAUGCAAUUGGUCUGUGUAGAAGAGAAGUCAAAAGAGAUGAUUGUGUCAGCUGUAUUCAGACAGCUGCAAGAAACCUCACCAAGCAGUGUCCGCUGACAAAACAAGCUGUUGUAUGGUACACGCACUGUAUGUUUCGUUACUCAAACAGGACAAUCUACGGAAGAAAAGAAACGAACCCGACUAAGGCUUUUAUUGCUGGUGAAGAGAUAUCAGCAAACAGAGAUGACUUUGAGCGUCUGCAGAGAGGACUAUUGGACAGACUCAAAGGAAUUGCGGCUGCUGGUGGGCCUAAUAGGAAAUACGCUCAAGGAAACGGUUCAGCUUCGGCUGGGUACCGGAGAUUCUAUGGAACUGUGCAAUGUACGCCAGAUUUGUCUGAACAGGAUUGUAAUGAUUGUUUAGUUUUUGGGUUUGAGAAUAUUCCGAGUUGUUGUGAUGCUGAGAUUGGUCUUCGGUGGUUUUCUCCUAGUUGUAACUUCCGGUUUGAGACGUGGAGAUUCUACGAGUUUGAUGCCGACCUAGAGCCAGAUCCACCUGCAAUUCAGCCUGCUGAUUCACCACAAUCAGCUGCAAGAACUGAGAGGACAGGAAAGGGCAAAGGUGGAUCUAAAGUCAUUAUCGCGAUAGUCAUCCCGAUACUUCUUGUUGCGUUACUCGCAAUUUGCCUAUGCUUGGUCUUGAAGUGGAGGAAGAACAAGUCUGGAUAUAAAAACAAAGUUCUUGGGAAAUCACCUUUGUCGGGUUCAAUUGCCGAGGAUGAGUUCUCGAACACAGAAUCACUCUUAGUUCAUUUUGAGACUCUAAAGACAGCAACAGAUAACUUUUCUUCAGAAAACGAACUUGGACGUGGUGGGUUUGGUUCAGUUUAUAAGGGUGUGUUCCCUCAGGGGCAAGAAAUCGCGGUGAAGAGAUUAUCGGGUAAUUCUGGACAAGGAGACAACGAGUUCAAGAACGAAAUAUUACUACUUGCAAAGCUUCAACAUAGGAACUUGGUCAGGCUUAUAGGUUUCUGCAUACAAGGAGAAGAAAGACUCCUUGUCUAUGAGUUCAUCAAGAACGCUAGUCUUGACCAAUUUAUCUUCGAUACUGAGAAGCGUCAACUUUUGGAUUGGGUAGUGCGGUACAAAAUGAUCGGAGGAAUUGCUAGAGGACUCCUUUAUCUUCAUGAAGACUCUCGUUUCCGGAUAAUUCAUCGUGAUCUUAAAGCUAGCAACAUUCUUUUGGACCAAGAAAUGAAUCCGAAAAUCGCAGAUUUUGGAUUAGCUAAACUCUUUGACUCAGGCCAAACCAUGACACAUCGAUUCACAAGCAGGAUUGCAGGAACUUAGUAAGUAAAUUCAUUUAACUAACUUAUAAAUCCAGGAAACACCAGUAUAAACCAGUUAUCAUUUCAAUUUUAAGCGGAUAUAUGGCUCCGGAAUACGCAAUGCAUGGACAAUUCUCUGUGAAAACAGAUGUUUUCAGCUUCGGUGUAUUAGUCAUUGAGAUCAUUACAGGUAAAAGAAACAACAAUGGUGGAUCGAAUGGUGACGAAGAUGCAGAAGAUCUUCUUAGUUGGGUGUGGAGAAGCUGGAGAGAAGACACUAUACUAAGCGUGAUCGAUCCGAGUUUAACCGCAGGAUCAAGAAAUGAGAUCUUGAGAUGCAUACACAUUGGUCUUUUAUGUGUGCAAGAAAGUGCAGCGACUAGACCAACAAUGGCUACGGUUUCUCUCAUGCUCAAUAGCUAUUCUUUUACCCUCCCGACGCCUUUGAGGCCUGCGUUUGUGUUGGAGAGUGUCGUCAUACCUUCAAAUGUUUCUUCUUCAACGGAAGGGUUACAAAUGUCGUCAAAUGAUGUUACUGUUUCUGAGUUUUCUCCUCGUUAAUCUGUAAAUGUUUUGAUUCUUCUCUGAAAACCUUUGAAAUGGGUUUUGUUUGUGUGAUUUUUCAGGCAGCCUGGCUUGAUCUUGUUGUGAAUAAAACAUGAAUGUGAAGCUGUGAGAUACUUUUUCCUUUGUCUCAUUUUUUUUCUUCCAGUUUAUCGUUACUUGAUUUCGUUUUAAGGUACAAUUUGAUAGAAGUAUAUAUAUAUGUCAGUAAGUUUAGAAAAUUGGAUAAGAGAUUUAUAUUGAGUCCACAUAUAUAAAUAUGAGAGUUGAAAGAUGAUCCACUAAUCAUCUACAGAAGUAAAAGAAAUUGUAAAAUAAAUGGCUUAGACGAAAUUAGAUGGUUCCUAGUUAGUCUUAUAUUUUCUAGUAGGUUUGAAAAGUAUUCAAACUCUUUAGUUUUCUUUCCUGGUACUUGUGGGGAAAGAAGUGAGCAAUGAACACUUCUAAUUUAAAUAACGUUUUCACACCAAGUCGUUAGUUUCAUAUUGUGAGUCUUUGAAUCUACUACCAUCAUGGACCCCCACAACCUCAUAAAGACUCCACUUGUGUUUGCUACUGGGUUUUAUAAUUGUUAUUGAUCAACAAGUUUUGUUCUUUCUGCUGUUGGAUAUUGAUUUAGUUCAAAGACCAUACUGCUUUUGAAUAAUUCCAAGGUCAAGUUAGAUUGACUUCUUCCAUUUUUAGACUCGUUAUUACAUUCUGGGGUUUUCUCAUAUAGAUUACAGAAGAAGAAAAAAGCUUCAAGCGUC